AUGCUUGCACCUACUGUGAUGCCUGCGCCUGCUGCGAUAUCACACGCGAAGUCUACAGUGGUGCCUGCCUUUGCGAAGCCUGCCACCAUUGCCCUAGGGCUACCUAUGUAUGCCGCUGCAAUGAAGCCUAUCACCGUUGCCCUAGGGCCACCUAUGUUUGUCGUCGCCGCUGCCCUAUGGCAGUCUGUUGCAGCGAAACCGACUGUCCAGCUCCCUGUAUCCCCUAUAACGACUGGUGAGACUGCUUUGCCUAGCUCUAUGGCUAUGAAUGGGGGCUCUACGGGGGUCCUACCUGGUGCUGUUUCUACGAGGGUCUCUUCUAAGGAUGGAAAUACGGUGCUAUCAAUGCCCUCUACUGAUGAACGAGAUGCCUAUGGCUUGAGGCCUAUGGCUGUUCCUCAGGCUGAUGAGCCUCUGGUUGCUGCCUCUGUUCCUCAGGAAUGUCUGGAUGCUUUAGACCCUCCCACGUCCCAGAUUACUACUGGAUCUUCUGCUGUCCCUACCUCUGUUGUUCCUGUAUCUCAGGCUGCUGGAUCUUCUGCUGUCCCUACCUCUGUUAUUCCUGCAUCUCAGAUGGUUGGAUCUUCUACUAUCCCUGCCUCUGUUGUUCCUGCCUCUCUGGAUGCUAGCUCUAUUCCUCCUGAUUAUGGGAGAUCCUCUCUUUUGGAUCCUUCCUCUUGGCAAAAGGAAUGUAUCUGA